UUGGGUUUGGGCUUAUAAAUAGUUACUGAGUAUAUAUAAUUUCUUUCUUUUAUAAUUGAGAGUUGUAGUGGAAGAUAUAGUCUCAGUUUAAAGGUGAAUCAUGAUAAAUCUUGUGUCUUGAUUUCUCUCACACUUACUCUCUAUUUCAUUGUGCUUAAUCCUAACACAUGAAAAUGACAGCUCUAUGGACUUGGUACUGUUCAUGCUGCAGUUACUUAUCCUAAGAAUUGAUGUUCAUCAAAAUUGAUUCUCCUUCUUCCUACGAUCUUCUGCCCGUUCUCCUGCCGCAAGCCCAAUCAAUCCACCAACUCUAGCAAAUCAUGAAUUCUUGCUACACCAUCUGCCUCUCCCUCUCCCUCUCCCUCUCCCUCUCUUCCUCCUCCUUCUUCUUCGUCUUCGUCCAGAAUUUCGGUACUGCAGCUGCCGCCUCUUAUCUCAAUUUUUUUUGCCCACGCAAUAGUCUCUUCACUCCCAACUCCACUUACGAGUCCAAACUCAACACCCUCCUCUCUUCCCUCUCCUCUGCCGCCACCAACAGCACCUACGGCUUUGCCAACGCCACCGCCGGCCAGACCCCUCCCGACCGAGCCUAUGGGCUCUUUCUCUGCCGCGGCGAUGUCAGCAACUCCACGUGCAACGAAUGCGUGGCCACUGCAAAACAGCGUAUCCUCCGAAGAUGCCCGAACCAGCGACUCUCCGUGAUCUGGUAUGACGAGUGCAUGUUGCGGCACGACAACAGCUCCUUCUUCUCGGCCAUGGAUCUGAGGCCUGCUCUCAUGGUGCAACACUCUGGGAACAUCACCGAUCCAACAGCGUUGGCGCAAGUCCUGGCAAAGACCUUGGAUAAAAUCGCCACAAGGGCUUCCAACGGCACGGGGAAGAAAUUCGCAGUCGAGGAGGUGAUUAUGACGAGCUUGCGGAGGCUGUACACCCUCGCGCAGUGCACGCCGGACUUGACGGCGUUGGACUGCAACUCGUGCCUUCGGGCGAUGAUCUCGAACCUCCCCAAGGGAAGGAAAGGUGGGAGGAGCUUCACUUUGAGCUGCAGCGUCAGGUUCGAGGAGUACCCAUUUUAUAACGCCCCGGCGCCACCCCCCUCCUAUCUUCCGCCUUCUCCUGCUCCCACUUCUGCCGCUCCCGAGAUCAGACCUAAAGGAAAAAGCAAUAAAUUUACUGUGAUAAUCAUUGCCGUUACUAUACCUCUUGGAAGUGUCAUGGUACUUCUUUCUCUCAUUUGUUGCGUUCUUCGAAGAAAAGGAAAGAAGAUGUUUGAAGUCAUCAAAGGAAAAAAUGGUGCAAAGGAGCUUACUGCUGUGGAGUCAUUGCAAUUUGACUUGGCUACAAUACAAGCUGCGACAAAUUAUUUCUCUCAUGAAAACAAGUUGGGGGAAGGUGGAUUUGGUGAAGUUUUCCAGGGUAGACUUCCCAAUGGACAACAAGUUGCAGUGAAGAGGCUAUCUCAAAGGUCAAAACAGGGUGAUGGAGAAUUUAAGAAUGAAAUUCUAUUAGUUGCAAAGCUCCAACACAUAAACCUUGUACGAUUGCUUGGAUUUUGCUUGGAGGGAGAGGAAAAGCUACUAGUCUACGAGUUUGUGCCAAAUAAAAGCCUUGAUUACUUCUUAUUUGAUCCCCAAAAAAGGAGACAAUUGGAUUGGCCAUUACGUUAUAAAAUAAUAUUUGGGAUCGCUCGAGGAAUGCUCUAUCUACAUGAAGAUUCUCGUCUCCGAAUUAUCCAUCGUGACCUAAAAUGUAGCAAUAUCUUGUUAGACAGUGAAAUCAACCCAAAGAUUUCAGAUUUUGGCAUGGCAAGGAUUUUCGGGGUCAAUCAAACUCAGGCUAGCACAAAUAAAUUCUAUUAG